UUGACAUUGUUCCAUAUAAAUGCCAACCCAAGCUUCACAAACUUCUCAAUUCAUCUCUCUCUCUCUCUCCUCUUCUCUCUCUCUCUCUCAUGAAACCAAUGGAUCAGACAACCACCAUUCUCACACUCAUCAUAAUCUCGUUUUCCUGCAUUAGUAGUACCACUAGUAGCCCCAUCAAAACCGUCGUCGUUUUGGUGAUGGAGAACCGCUCCUUCGACCACAUGCUCGGCUGGAUGAAGCGGCUCAACCCGGAAAUAGACGGUGUCGACGGUUCGGAGUCGAACCCGAUAUCGACGACCGACCCGAACUCGCGGCGGGUCUUCUUCCGGAAUCAGUCCCACUACGUCGACCCCGACCCCGGCCACUCCUUCCAGGCCAUCAGGGAGCAGAUAUUCGGCCGCCCCGGAGACGACGCCGUUUCGACCGACGCGGCGCCUCCGAUGAACGGCUUCGCGCAGCAGGCCUUCGCCAUGGACAACUCCUCCGCCAUGUCGGAAGCCGUCAUGAACGGCUUCGACCCUGACAAGGUUCCCGUCUACAAAGCUCUUGUGGCUCAAUUUGCUGUCUUUGAUAGGUGGUUCGCGUCGGUGCCGUCGUCGACGCAGCCGAACCGCCUCUUCGUGCACUCGGGAAGCUCCGGCGGCGCUACGAGCAACAUCCCGGCGCUCCUGGCGAAGGGCUACCCGCAGCGGACCAUCUUCGAGAACCUCGACGACGCCGGAAUACCUUUCGGAAUUUACUACCAGAACAUCCCGGCCACACUGUUCUACAGAAACCUAAGGAAGCUCAAGUACUGGGGCAAAUUCCACUCGUACGACCUGUCGUUCAAGAGCCAUGCACGGCGAGGGAAGCUCCCGGGCUACGCUGUGGUGGAGCAGCGGUACAUGGACACCAAGAGUGCGCCCGCAAAUGAUGAUCACCCGUCGCAUGAUGUGUACCAAGGGCAGAUGUUCGUGAAGGAGGUGUACGAGACUCUGAGGGCAAGCCCGCAGUGGAACCAGACCCUGCUUAUCAUCACUUACGACGAGCAUGGCGGGUUCUACGACCACGUUCCAACGCCGGUGCGCGGCGUCCCAAGCCCCGACGGCAUCGUGGGGCCGGAGCCGUUCUUGUUUCGGUUCAAUCGGUUGGGAGUUAGGGUUCCUACUAUUAUGGCCUCGCCAUGGAUAGAGAAGGGUACUGUUGUUCAUGGACCCAGUGGAUCACCAUUUCCGACAUCAGAAUUCGAACACUCUUCCAUUCCGGCGACGGUGAAGAAACUCUUCAACCUCUCCUCUCCUUUCCUAACGAAGAGGGAUCAAUGGGCGGGAACAUUUGAAGGAAUUUUCCAAAAGAGAACGGAACCCAGAACCGAUUGCCCAGAGAAACUACCAACACCAGUGAAGAUCAGGAAAGGAGAGGCCAAGGAAGAGGCCAAACUGUCAGAGUUUCAGCAGGAGCUGAUGCAGCUUGCGGCAGUUCUGAAAGGGGACAACAUACUGACAAGUUACCCAGAAAAGACUGGGAAAGAAACGACUGUCAAGGAAGGAAAACAAUAUAUGGAAGAUGCAGUGAAACGUUUCUUUGAGGCAGGACUUUAUGCUAAGAGAAUGGGAGUUGAUGAAGAACAGAUUGUCCAGAUGAGGCCUUCCCUCACCACAAGAUCACCUUCUAAGACCCCAAAUGAACACCCAUAAGAAGAGAUAUAAAUAUGAUAGAGAUAAGAGAAUAAAAUGGUAAAUAAAUAGCUAUAUAUGAAAUGUACACUCUUUUAAGUAUUAUACAAACGAAGCAAAGAGUUGGGCAAGUCUAGAAUAAGCAUUUCUGAGAUGUUCAACUUACUGUAACAUGUUAUUCCCUCCUUAGCUACUCAAGAUGAUGAUCAUAGAGAUUUGAAAAUUUUAGUAGCUUGGUGGGAUCAAACUUCUUUCUUUUUUUUUCCAAUUGUUUAUUUUUUGGACAAGGUUGGUUGAAGCUUAAUAAAAGGUUGGGGAUCAUAUAGUUA